CGCGGCGCCCGCGGCGUCACGUGAGCCGCGGGGAGUGAGCGCAGAGCGAGCGGCGGCGGGCGAGUGCUCCGCCGCAGCGACCCGCGGGCCAGCGGGCUAGCGAGCCAGCGCAGGACCCGCGGCUGGGCCCGCGGCCGCCGCCGGACCGGGAGCCAGGCCGCCGCCCCCAGCCCAGCCCCCGGGGCCUCAGGACCGCCGGGGCCUGGCCGCCAGCCGGGCGUGCUCCAAGUUCAGGUGGGAGAGGAUCUAGGAGGCCGGAGGGGAGCCCAGGGGGCUGAUCGGGACGCGAGUGGGGUGGCGGGACGCCGGCUGGGCUCUGGUGGUGCGGCCGGGUGCCGGCGCCGCUGUCCGGAGCUCCGCGCCAGUGUCGGAGGAAACGCCGGAGAAGCCGGGCGAGCCCCUGCGCGGGGCCCGGGGUCGGACAAGCCCGCGCGAGAGUGACUCCCCCCGUGCCCAUCGGCACUUUCCCCGCGCGUGUCCGGGCCGCUGCCUCGGCGCCUGGCCCCGCGGGUCCUGCGCGCCUUGCGAGCCGGCCCUCCCAUAUGGCGGGCACCGGCGGGGCCUGGCGACCGGAACGGGCCGGCGAACGCGCCGGCCAGUCGGGGGCCGAGGAAGGGGGGACGAGGGGGCUGUGGCGGAGGGGUUACUGUCGGUCACAGCAGCCGUGGCCUCUGGGAGAGGGGCACCGGCCGAGGGCAUGGUGCCCGGCCGGCAACGCUCCCGGGCUCUACCGAGGGGUCUUCCUUUCCCACGCUCUUCCCACACGCGGGCGGGCACCCACGCCAGCUCCACGCGCGAGUAUGUCGCGGACACCCUCCGGCACAGCCACACCGCUGCCGCGCACCACGCCCCGCACACGCACAGUCACACGACAUGAACUCACACCCCUUCGCGCACACCCGCACUGCUCACACACCUCUUACUUCUACUCCCCACGCAGAGUCCCUGCUGCUUUCCACUGAACAUUAGCAGAACGAUGGCCAAGGGGUGGCAGGGGCAGAGGAGAGGCCACCCCCACCCACCGUGGCCGUGCUGUUCCCUCUUACCUCCGCACUGUGGUAUUCCCUAAGGAGCCCCCCUCCCAGGGCACCGGGGGGCUGUUUUCUCGCCCAAUCCCUGGGAAGGUGACAAAAAUCCCCAAAUGCUUUAGUCCCUCAAAUCACCUUUCCCCCAAGGACCGGGUGGCUCGUGGGAGCCCCCGCCGUCCUACAGGUGGGAGAACGCCUGGGCUCUGCGACUUUGGGGCCUGCGGGUGGCGCAGGGACCAGAGACUCUUAUUUUGAAGGGCGGCCCCCACCCGCCACCCCCGUGAUUUGCACGCUGACCCAAUGGCAAGCCCUUGGCCGGCGCUGGGCUUGUUAUCAAUUACAUGUUGUUCCUGCAGCCGCUGUGUCCCCGGGAGGAUAAACAGCAGGCCGGGCCGGGCCUGGGGGGAGGGGGCGGAGUCCGGCUGUAGGCCGGGGACGGUGCCCGGAACAGCGUGUCCCCUCCCCCUGCACGCAGCCUGUGCUUCUGGCCAUGCCAUGUGCUGCUGUGUUUUAGCUUCCUAGCCGGCUCCCUCCAGCCCCGGCGGGCCCUUUUUCUAUCGCCAGUGCCCCCAGGUGUCCCAGAACCCCUUCUCUGCUUUCAGUGCCUCAGUGUGCAACCCUGGCUGACCAGCCCUGCCUGAAAACCCUGCUGCCUGACCCUGGCCAUUCCAUACCUGGGAGAAUCCCCACACCCCCACCCCCUGCCCAACUUCCCCAAGCACCUCUCACACAACCAGCGUGUUCUACCAGGUCCUGUUUCGGAGGCGGGGUGGUGGCAGACUGGAUAGUCAGAAUAGCUUCUAUUUUGGUGGGGAGGUAAACAGAAAAGUACACAAACCCAUAACCAAGAUGAUUUCCCCCCUGGUUACCAACUACUGGAAGAAUAGUGUGGGAUGAUUUAACAGAUGGUGGUCAGGGGAGAGCCCCACAGGCAGUGUCUUCUGAGCUGAGCUCUAAAUAAGGCACUCCCACUUGGAGUGUUGGGAGAAGAGGGGCCCACAGAGACAGCACAGUUAAGGUGGAGUGGAGCAGGUGAGGUGAGAUGUGUGAGAGAUGGGCAAGGCCCAGGUGCUGGGAGAAGAUGGGGUCACAUUUCCUAGGGAAGUUAUUGGAUGUUUUCUCCUACCCUACCCUACCGUACUUACUCCUCCCCCCUCCACACUAUUUCUUUUCAUACCAUUUCAUCUGUGAAUAUCUAAUUAUCGACUAUAAUACCAUCAUCACACUUAAAAAUAUGAACACUAACUCCUUACUAUCAUGUAAUAUCGGUUGGUGAUCACAUUUCAGGGGAGAGUUUUAAGUGGGCAAGAACAUGGCCUGAUCUGCCUCUUAACCACUAGUUAAGGCCUGUUCCUAGGUUCUAGGAAGGCUGGAGUCCCUCUGAUUCCUUAGGAUCACAUCGGAGAGGCACAAAGACCACGUGUUCACCCAUUUGGAGGUUAAUCCUAAUGGCUGGUACUGACCAAUGCCUGAGUGCAUGCCAGCCACUGUAGGAAGUGUUCACCUGGUGUUAGCUCAUUGAACUCUUUGAGUAACCUGGGAGCUAGGCACUACUGGCAGCAUCCCUAGCCAACAGACUGGACACAGAGAAGUUGUGCCACCUGCCCGAGGUUGCCCAGCUAAGUUGCAGAGGCCAGAGCAGAGCCCCCUGCUCAGAGGGUGGGCCAAAGUGGUGGUGGGGGGGCCCAGGGCCCAGUGUGGGCUCCGCACAGCCUUGUUGCCCUUCACGUUAUCUGGUACUUUUAUUCCUUCCUGGCACCUGAUUGGGUGAAUAGCAUGUAUUUUAAAACUUCCAGUUUUAAAUCCUCAGAUGAGUAUUAACAAUUAAAGAGCCAAAUAUCCUCCUGGCAAAACUGCCCUGGGGUAUGGACUCGCCAAAGGCAUCCACCCUGCCUUAGCUUCCUGGAGCUGCAUGAAGCUUCCUGGAUUAGUGGGGAACUGAGGUCACUGGGGCCCGGAAUAGAUGGGGAAACUGAGAUUCGGGGAGUGAGGACUUGUCCAAGGUCGCAGCUGAUGAUGAUCCUGGCCCUGACAGGUUUCUGUCCAUGGCCAGAUCUGUCGGCCGUAGAGUAUGCUGUGUGCUAAGUCCAGCAGUGGCCCUCGAGACAGAGCAUAGGAGUGGGUGCAGAGUGGGGAUAGGCAGCAGAGAAUCUCUGGUUUUAGACGUGGAACAUUCCCUGUUCCCCAACCUCACUGGUCAUUGGGCGGGGACAAAGGUCCACAGAGGUGGCUCCAUCAUAGCCAUACACUGUUGACUCUCCUUGGACACCGGACCUAGCAUGGCCUUCAGAGGACACAGAUGUCCCCUCUCUUCUCUGUUGAUGUUCCCUGAGGCCCUCCUGGGCACUAGCUGCCAUGCCGGAAGCUGGGAACACAGUGGGGACCCAGCAGAGCAGCCUGCCUUCCUGGAGUUCACGGUCUAGUGGGAAGACGGGAGUUAGCUGGGCCUUCUUGAGGUGCCGCCACCGGCACGGCCAGGCCAGCAUGGUGGACCACUUGCUUCCAGUGGACGAGACCUUCUCGUCACCGAAAUGCCCAGUUGGUUAUCUGGGUGACAGGCUGGUCGGUGGGCGGGCGUACCACAUGCUGCCCUCACCCCUCUCCGAGGAUGACAGUGACGCCUCCAGCCUCUGUUCCUGUGCCAGCCCGGACUCGCAAGCAGUCUGCUCCUGCUAUAGCGGUGGCCCGGGUGCUGAGGGCCAGGAUAGCAUCUUGGACUUCCUGCUGUCCCAGGCCACACUGGGCAGUGGUGGUGGCAGUGGCAUUGGGGCCAGCAGUGGCCCCAUGGCCUGGGGGUCCUGGCGGCGGGCACCAGCACCUGUGAAGGGGGAGCAUUUCUGCUUCCCCGAGUUUCCUGUGGGUGACCCUGAUGACGUCCCAAGGCCCUUCCAGCCCACCCUGGAGGAGAUUGAAGAGUUUCUGGAGGAGAACAUGGAGCUGGGGGUCAAGGAGGCCCCAGAGGGCAGCAGCAAGGACUUGGAGGCCUGUGGCCAGCUCUCAGCCGGGCCACACAGGAACCACCUCCAUCCUGGGUCCAGUGGGAGAGAGCGUGGCACUCCCCCUCUGGGCAGUGCCAGUGUGGGUGGCAGCCAGAGUCCGGGUGGGGGGCCCACAUCUGACGGCCCCAUCCCUGUGCUGCUGCAGAUCCAGCCUGUGCAGGUGAAGCAGGAGUCGGGCAAUGAGCCUGCCUCCCCUGGGCAGGCCCCGGAAAGUGUCAAGGUAGCCCAGCUUCUGGUCAACAUCCAGGGUCAGACCUUUGCACUGGUGCCCCAGGUGGUGCCCUCCUCCAAUGUGAACCUGCCCUCCAAGUUCGUGCGUAUCGCCCCUGUGCCCAUCGCCGCCAAGCCCAUUGGGUCGGGACCGCUGGGGCCUGGCCCCGCCGGCCUACUCAUGGGCCAGAAGUUCCCCAAGAAUCCAGCGGCAGAACUCAUCAAAAUGCACAAAUGUACUUUCCCCGGCUGCAGCAAGAUGUACACCAAGAGCAGCCACCUCAAGGCGCACCUGCGCCGGCACACAGGCGAGAAGCCCUUUGCCUGCACCUGGCCGGGCUGCGGCUGGAGGUUCUCCCGCUCGGACGAGUUGUCGCGGCACCGGCGCUCGCAUUCGGGCGUGAAGCCCUACCAGUGUCCCGUGUGCGAGAAGAAGUUCGCGCGGAGCGACCACCUCUCCAAGCACAUCAAGGUGCACCGCUUUCCCCGGAGCAGCCGCUCGGUGCGCGCGGUGAACUGAGCGCCCGCCGGCCCCGCCCCCUCACCCGCCCAGUUCUUUUGUAGCAAUAAUUUAUUUGCCUCUUCAGAGGCACGUGACGAUGUUGCAAACCCACCUUCUGGAUCCCGGGAGGUGCAGGAAGAGAGGGGCUUGCCUGGGAGGCGGGAACCGGAGCCGCCCGGCCCGCUGCCUUUCCCGGGAAGACCUAGAGCCACGCCCGGGUCCCUGGGGUCUGAGCCCCUAGCACCCGCGCAGGGGGCCCUGCCUACCCGCCUUUGUGCCUUCGUGCCUUCCAGCGGGCCGGCCUGUGCUGCAGCGGCGCGGGGAGCCUGGACCUUCUCCCACUGGGCUCCCUGCCUGGGCCAAGGCCGGCACUUUUUGCUCAGAAGAAGAAAUGUGCCGUUUUGAAAUGUCAGUUCCCAGAGGGAGCUGUGCUGGGAAGAAGGAAGUAGGCCAGAAGUCCAGGGCUGCACUGUGGUGUGAGGGUGGCUUGGUCCCAGACCUCUGGCUCAGCCUGACUGCCGGAGAAGGAGGAGGGUACGGGAAGGGCCGUCAGGGGUUUAGAACCUGGCCUCUGGGCAGAUAAUGGAAUUAGGGUGAAAAGCCCCCUCUUUGUGGGGGGGGGGGGGUCUGGCAGUGCAUGUGCUUGAGUUAAACAGUGCGGGGCAGACAGGUGCAGUCUAGGUACCCAGCAUGGCUCAUCCCCUCGUCCUGUUUCCAGACAAAUCCAGACACCAGCCUCCAGGAUCACCUUGGGGAAAAGAGGGGAGCAGGCUGCAUUGCGUGUAGACGAACUAGAUAGAGCCUCCGAAUCCUGAUUUAGAAAUGCAUUCCUUAUUUUGUCUAGAAAUUAAUAUCAAAUGAACUAGCUUGUUUUGACAGGUUUAUUUCACAUCCUAUGAAUGUAUGUAAAUAAGCUGUACAUAGGUACAUCUACAUAAAAUAUCUUUUAAUAACAUAUCAACAUUUGUGUACAUUUGAAAUUAAAAAAAAUCUAUAAAGCUGGUGUACAUAUGUUACAAUUAUGUAUAUUUUCUUUGGUCCUUCAUAAAAAUAUAUUUACUUUGCCAAUAAAAAGAAAAAAGAACUCGA